UUGCUGCCUCUUGGUGACAACCUCAUGACUAACAUACACAAUGUGACUGAAUUCAUUUUUCUGGGACUUUCUCCCAACCAGGAGGUGCAGAGGGUUUGCUUUUUGAUAUUUCUGUUCUUGUACACAGCAAUUGUGCUGGGGAAUUUCCUCAUUGUGCUCACUGUCACAACCAGCAGAAGCCUUGGUUCCCCCAUGUACUUCUUCCUCAGCUGCCUCUCCUUCGUGGAGAUCUGCUACUCUUCCACUACAGCCCCCAAGCUCAUCUCGGAUCUGCUGGCUGAAAGGAAAGCCAUGUCUUGGUGGGGCUGCAUGGCACAGCUUUUCUUCUUGCACUUCUUUGGUGGCACUGAGAUUUUCCUGCUCACUGUGAUGGCCUAUGACCGCUAUGUGGCCAUCUGCAAGCCCCUCAGCUACGCCACCGUCAUGAACCGGCAGGUGUGUGCUGUCCUUGUAGGAACAGCAUGGGUGGGAGGCUUUGUGCAUUCAUUUGCCCAAAUCCUUCUCGUCUUCCACUUGCCCUUCUGUGGCCCCAAUGUGAUCAACCACUAUUUCUGUGACCUGCUUCCCCUUCUCAAACUUGCCUGCUUUGACACCUUCCUCAUUGAUCUGCUGAUUGUUGCCAAUGGAGGCACCCUGUCUGUGGUCAGUUUUGGGGUCCUCUUAGCAUCCUAUAUGGUCAUCUUGCUCCAUCUGAGAACCCAGAGCUCUGAGGGGCGGCGCAAAGCCCUCUCCACCUGUGGGUCCCAUGUUACCGUGGUUAUCUUGUUCUUUGGACCCUGCAUCUUCAUCUACCUGAGGCCUUCUACCACUCUGCCUAUAGACAAGGUGGUGGCUGUGUUCUACACAGUGAUAACCCCCUUCCUGAACCCUGUCAUCUACUCCCUGAGAAAUGCUGAAAUGAAGAAGGCCAUGAAGAGGCUGUGGAUUAGGACACUGAGACUAAAUGAGAAAUAGAGGCUGAGUCUUGUUAUUGAUACUUGGGUUUAGAAUGACUGUUGAGCCCAAACCGAAGG